AUGUCUGCCGAGAACCAGGAGAUCCCUCAGUUCAAGCUCGUGCUUGUCGGUGACGGUGGUACGGGCAAGACGACCUUCGUUAAGCGUCACUUGACGGGCGAGUUCGAGAAGAAGUACAUCGCCACGCUCGGUGUCGAGGUACACCCUCUUCAGUUCCACACCAACUUUGGUACGAUUUGCUUCAACGUUUGGGACACUGCGGGCCAGGAGAAGUUCGGCGGUCUGCGCGAUGGCUACUACAUCCAGGGACAGUGUGGUAUCAUCAUGUUUGACGUGACGUCGCGCAUCACGUACAAGAACGUGCCCAACUGGCACCGCGACCUGGAGCGCGUGUGCGAGAACAUCCCCAUCGUGCUGUGCGGCAACAAGGUCGACGUCAAGGAGCGCAAGGUCAAGACCGGCGCCGUCACCUUCCACCGAAAGAAGAACCUCCAGUACUUCGAGAUCUCGGCCAAGUCCAACUACAACUUCGAAAAGCCCUUCCUCUGGCUCGCGCGCAAGCUCGUGGGCAACCCCACGCUCGAGUUCGCUGCCGCCCCGGCACUCGCCCCGCCCGAGGUCCAGGUCGACGAGCAGCUCAUGGCCCAGUACAACGCCGAACUCCAGGCCGCCGCCGCUGCUCCCCUGCCCGACGAGGACGAUGGCGACCUCUAA